ACUUGGCACCUAAGAGGCACAGCUUAGCCUAGAAGAUGAGGUAGCAAGAGGCAUACUGUUAAUCUGUUCUGUCCUCUCUCCUCCCUCAGAUGCUCCUAAGGAUGUGUUAGUGUCUCCAUCUGGUCCAGUGAUGUUUGGCAGUUCAGUGUCUCUGAGCUGCAGUAGUGAAGGAAACCCAGCAGUGAACUACACCUGGUACAGAGAGAAUGGAGAGCAGAUAGAGACCGGACCCUCUCUCACCAUCAACAAGACUGAUGAUACACACAGUGGUUUAUACUACUGUAGAGCUCAGAACCAACAUGGAGCUCAAAACUCAUCUGUGCAGCUGGACAUUCAGUAUGCUCCCCAGAAUGAUCUCUUCUUCCACUGUAACAGCAGCAGUAAAGGUGGGAUCGUGUGUGUUUGUGAGGUUCAUGGACGUCCUGUUCCUAAACUGGAGUGGCGUCUGUCUGGACAACCUGUCCCACCCUCCGAGAGCUCAUCCGUCAGGGAGGAGUCUGUGGGCCGCACAGGCCUGAAGAGUUUUAUUUCCAUUCAUCAAUCAUGUACAGGCACUCUGCAGUGUAUCAGCACCAACAAGCUGGGCAGCACCUCUCAGCUGUUCUACUCUGUGGCUACUCAUCACUGUUCAUCAGCAGGUUAG